AUGAAUCACCUCAACUUGGGCCCAUUCCAUGACGAAGUCAUCGCACAUAUCCGCAAGAUCAUUGCGGACCCCGAACUACUGCUUGCAUUGGAUUCUUCUGCUUGCGCAUGCCUCUCGGGAACUCUCUGGCAUGAGCCGCAUGUUGUGUAUGCUGUUCACGAGCUCAAACCAGUACUUCCGGAUCUCAGGAAUGCUCUCGUGGUCUUCUUGGAGGGUGCUCUUGACAAAUGGCUCACUUUCACUGCCGAAUUUGCAGCGGACGGCGUCAUUGCACCUGCAUCGUCUCAUCAGAAAGCUCUUGCGUUCAUGGACCCUACCAACGACCGGAACGAGGGUGGACUCGGCACUAUGCGACGCGCGUUUGCACGCAGCUCUAACAUCACAUUGUCCAUGCAUAACUCGAUAGAAAUGUAUAGCAAAAACAAUACGGAACAUUACAUCCGCACCGACCUCUCUAACGACGACCGGUCCUGGCUACGAAAAGCGGCGCGUACUGAAGACGCGAGCGGACUAGCCAAAAGGCAACGCGCGGAGCAUGUGGAGGCGACCGAGAGACAAGCUGCAGCUGGACGUGAGAAGGCAGAACAGGCGCGGGCGAAAGAACAGGAGAAAUCGGACAGACUUCGUACCAUCAAGCCUAUUCUUGACCUCGAGUUCCUCCAACAAGCGCAGAGCAACGAGCGGCUGCUCUUGUGCAGAAAUAUCGACCUACAACUGGAGUUCUUCCGUCAGACUGACCCGCAGAUCCCGAUGAAGAAGCUUCUCCGGCGCCGGGCGGAGAAGCUGACAGCUUUGGUUUCAGCCGUAGAGCGCUACCUAGCCCGUUCAGAAGCUCAGCGGCGUCAAGGAAGCCAUGAUCUGCAGGAUCCGCAAGGCGAGAAGAAUGAAGAGCGCGCGGAUUUCGAGUUUGAUGGCCAGCCCAUGACAGAGGAAACCUUGGACCCGGAAUUGGACAUGGUGCUAGACGUCUGA